CUGGCCUCUGACGGGCGUCUUUCCCCGACUGAACUGGUUAAUCUGAUAGCCAGCAAGGGAGUAAAGGUGGCUGCCAUUUCAGACCAUGAUACUACCGAAGGUAUCAAAGAGGCGGUUCGUGCCGCCCAGGCUCAUGAUGGGCUGGAAAUCAUUCCUGCGAUCGAGCUGAGCACCGAUAUUCCCGGCGAUGAGAUACACAUGCUUGGAUACUUUCUCCAGUACGAAGAUGACGAGUUCCAGGCAAUCCUGCGGCGCUUCCGGGAAGGCAGGGUUGAGCGGGGUCGGAUGAUGGUUGAGAAGUUGGCAUCAUUAGGCAAACCGGUUGACUGGGAAAGAGUGCAAGAAAUAGCUGGCGAUGGGUCAGUGGGGCGACCUCAUAUAGCUCUUGCCAUGGUAGAGGCGGGAUAUUUUGAGGAACCUAAGGAGGCCUUUUACGAGUAUCUUGGACGUAAUGGUCUGGCCUAUGCAGAACGACAGAAAAUGACUCCGGAAGAAGGUGUGGAAAUGUUGGCCAAAGUGGGUGGACCCGCAGUGCUGGCACAUCCUGCCAACUUAGAAGAUCUGGAUACCAAGGUGGCACAACUGAAAGAAGCGGGUUUAGUUGGAAUGGAAGUCCACUAUUCUAUGUACUCCCAGGAAACCAUUCAAAGACUGCUGGCGGUUGCCCAGCGCCAUGACCUGAUUCCUUGUGGGGGCAGCGACUACCACGGAUUGGGCAAUACCGGGGAGUUGGAGCCAGGCCUCCUAGGACCCCCAGUAGAAUCGGUUGAGCGCUUGGCCGACGUAGCCCGAAACCUGGCAAGGAAUAGAUAG